AAGAAGGUGACCAUUUCCGCCCCAAGUAAGGAUGCCCCUAUGUUUGUUGUGGGUGUUAAUGAGAAGGAAUACAAGCCCGAUCUUGACAUCGUCUCCAAUGCUAGCUGCAUUACAAACUGUCUUGCUCCCCUCGCCAAGGUUAUUCAUGAUAGGUUUGGCAUUGUUGAGGGUCUUAUGACUACUGUUCACUCCAUCACUGCCACUCAGAAGACUGUUGAUGGGCCAUCAAGCAAGGAUUGGAGGGGUGGAAGAGCUGCUUCCUUCAAUAUCAUUCCCAGCAACACUGGUGCUGCAAAGGUAGUCAGCAAAUUAUCAUGUGUGUUUGCUUUCUUCUACUCUAACAUGCAGUCGGAAAACUGUUUGCUUUCUUCGAAUCUCAUUUUGUGCUUGUCUGAAUGUUGCAUACUCAUUCCUCCUUUCUGUGAAAGCAGAGUUACUGCUGUUGAUGGUCAGAACAGUACCAGAUUGGAAUCUAUGCAGUCAUGCAUCUUUGAUGCCAAGGCUGGGAUUGCUUUGAAUGAACAUUUCGUGAAACUUAUUGCUUGGUAUGACAAUGAAUGGGGUUACAGUUCACGUGUGGUUGACUUGAUUGUGCACAUGGCUUCUGUUCAAGCUUGAUGCUAAUCUCAUGAGGUGAUAGAGGGUGACUUUGUUUUGCUUGUGUCGUACUGGUUAGUGUUUUAGGUCCCCUGAGGUUUUGGUUUGGAAUAAACUGCGCAAAGAGUCUUGUGUAGUCUUGUUUGGAUGUUUACUUAUGGAGUCUUUGUGUUAUCUUUGUUUCCCUUGUGUUCAUAGGAAAAAUAAUCGAAAAUUCUGUAAUAUAUGAAAAGUUGGUAUAAUAUAUUUGAGGAGUGUUUAUUAUAAUUAAUUGUUAUUUCCUA